AUGUUGUCGUCUAUUGAGACAUCUGCAAAUCCGGUUUAUUGUCCAGCGUCAUCUUAUGAGACAAGUUCACUCAAUAAACUUGGUUUUCGAUUCGAUAUACCGCCGUUGUACAGCAGUUCGUUAAUUUUACCGCCACCGUCCUACGCAAUCGCAACGUCGCCAGCUAACGGAUUUGUGAAUUCGCCACCGUAUGUUAUUGUUUGUCGUGAAAAGACGUCUGAUAUGGACGUCGAAAAUAAUGCCUUAGUAGCCAAUAAUGGCUAUGAGACGCGCAUUAGCGACGACGAUGAUGAAAAUGCCAAAGAUUUGCCUUUGGAUUUAUCAAUGCGAAAAAAGGAUUCUGUUGGUUCUUCAGCUUCAUCAUCGACCACACUCAGCGCACAGUCUCGGCCAUCAGUGAUUAAGAAUAGCUACGGCGAGCGCCAUGGCGAUAUGCGUCGUUCAGCAUCGUCCGUAUCUUCGAGACCAAAACCGGAGCCUGAUGUUUCUGAACAUUUUCGACGUUCAUUGAGCGGUAAAUGGCCACGCCGAACUAAUCAUGCUCAUUAUACUCCGCCACAAAACGACAGAGACAGGAAAGAUAUAACAAUAAAAAGGCAUAAUAGUUCACCGGGAUAUGAAAACUCUAGACAAUCACCACCGUCAUGUGUUAGUCCUGGACAGAAAAACAUCAUUGUCAAAGACUAUGGGAUUGACAGUAAGCAUUAUUUUAUACGCAUUUGGUUUUUGGUCGUUUCGAUUACCAAUGUUUCUUCUCUGCAUGAUGAUGUGUCUACAUUGUUAUCGGUUGCUUUUCUUGCAGUUGAAGAACAUUUUCGACGGGCAUUGGGAGCUGACAAGUACGAAAUGUUAAGGAAAAACCGUAACCUAAGUUGA